GAAAAUGUUUUGAAGAUUAAGAAGAUCUCACCAUCAAGAUGGCCGAUACUGAUAAAGAGCUGGUGGACGCUGCUGAUCGUGUGUUGCGAUCUGUAUGUAUUGACAUCUUAUCGACAACUCCGGGAGAAUAUUCUAUCAUAGAUACAUUUGCCUUGGAUCCAGAAAAUGUGAAAAUAGAUCCUCUCUCCUUGCUUGAUAACCUCAUCCACCCGAGUGAGCCUGCAACGUGGCUUUCUCCAGUUGUAGACUCGCAGGGCAAAAUUACUGAUGUGGUUGAGUACAUUAGAGAUGAUGACGAGUUCGGCGCCUCAUCUGUAUCCAUGUCUCUGAACAGGUCUCCCGCGGUGGACUCGACUAGCAUUCGAGGCUCUUCUAGCAAUGUGCCAUUCUAUCCAGGUGGUUUUGACAGCGCAUUCGGCAACGUCAUGGCUUUUGCAAGAAAUGAAGACAAUCAGGAGUCUGAUGAAAAAGAAUUUUUCAGAGAAGAUGAUCUCUUAACAUGUGCCCCUGGGAUGCCUGGUGGUCUCACUUUCUCAAAACCAAAACAAACUCCUACAGAAGCUACAAAGCCCGAUAAAAGUCCAGUUAUUGAUGGAAAUAUAGAUUUUGACUCCACUGAUUUAUUCGAACUCAUGGAUUUCGUAGGAGGAGGUUCGCCUUUGGUGAUCCCAACGGAAAGUUCCAUUCCUGCUGAAGAAACGACAGAGUUAGGGCCAAAAGCUGAUGUGUCACCCGAUGGAACUAAUUCCAAUGUCACCGAAGAAAUUGAGGAGGCUUUGGUAACUCCACUACCGAAGCCAGCGCUCAAAUUUGUUCCUCCUGAACGUUUUGCAUAUGCAAAACAGCUCGAUCCAGCCUUGUGCGAAGCAGAAUACAGGGCACUGGUACCAAAUAUGGCCAAGAAGUAUCCGUUCGAACUGGAUGGGUUCCAGCAGGCCGCUGUGGUCUGCAUGGAGAAGGGAGAAUCUGUCUUCGUGGCCGCUCAUACCUCAGCUGGAAAGACUGUUGUUGCGGAAUACGCUGUAGCGCUGUGUGAACAUCACAGGACAAGGGCUAUUUACACUUCUCCCAUCAAAGCUUUGUCAAAUCAAAAGUUCCGUGAUUUCAAAAUGAUGUUCACGGACGUUGGUCUAGUUACUGGCGACAUCCAAUUGUUCCCAGAGGCGUUCUGUCUCAUUAUGACUACGGAAAUAUUAAGGUCAAUGCUCUAUAAUGGCUCCGAAGUUGUUCGAGACUUAGAAUGGGUUGUGUUUGAUGAGGUCCACUACAUAAACAAUGCUGAAAGAGGACAUGUAUGGGAAGAAGUCUUGAUCAUGCUUCCAUCUCAUGUGAAGAUCGUCAUGUUAUCGGCUACAGUUCCGAACUGUAUUGAGUUUGCCGAUUGGGUUGGACGCAUCAAAAAUCGCAAAGUGAAUGUGGUAUCUACUCUUCGAAGACCAGUCCCGCUUGAGCAUUACCUGUACACUGGGCAAGAUGGGAAAACUAAGAAGGAUCUCUUCAAAAUUGUUGACAUGAAUGGUAGUUGGCUUGAUGUCGGAUACAAGAAAGCUGCAGAUGCUAAGAAUGCUUUGAUCAAAAAGGAAGUAUUACCGAAUCGAGGAAGAGGUGGCGCCGCAGAUGGAGGUAGAGGAGGUCGCGGUGGACAAAUCCGUGGAGGAGGGAAUGUGGUAAACUACAAUACCAGGCCUACGAAUAAAAACGACAAAAAUGUUUACAUCAGUCUUAUUGACUUUCUUCGCACGAAUGAACAGUUGCCCAUGGUCGUUUUUGUUUUCUCAAGGAAAAGAUGUGACGACAAUGCACAAUUACUGCAAUCGAUGGACCUUACGACAGAGGUGGAAAAGUCCCAUAUUCAGUCUUUCUUCUCACAAUGUAUCAAUAGACUCAAAGGAUCAGACAAGAAACUGCCGCAAGUGCAUUCAAUGCGAGAUUUAUGCCUGAGAGGGUUUGCUGUGCAUCACAGUGGGAUUCUGCCAAUUCUCAAAGAAGUUGUCGAGCUGUUGUUCCAGAAAGGAUAUGUGAAGAUUCUUUUUGCUACUGAGACUUUUGCCAUGGGAGUGAAUAUGCCUGCUCGUACUGUCGUUUUUGAUAGCAUUCAAAAACACGAUGGACUAGAGCUGAGAACUUUGAAUGCUGGAGAGUAUAUACAGAUGGCCGGACGUGCUGGCCGAAGAGGUUUGGAUACAACUGGCACGGUGAUUGUACUGUGUAAGCAGCCGAAGCUGGUAGAACCAGGCCAGCUGCAGACUAUAAUGAUGGGUAAACCAGCGCCUCUCGUUUCGCAGUUUCGAGUUACAUACUCCAUGCUUCUGAAUCUACUACGAGUUGAACAUCUGCGGGUAGAAGAUAUGCUGCAAAGGUCUUUUGUAGAAUGUGUUGCCCUCCGUGAAGGUCCGUCGAGGAAAACUAAUCUUGAGAAGGCACAGGAACACCUCUCCACACUACCUAAGACUGAAUGUCAGAUGUGUGAGCCCUCAGAAGCCACGAUCACUCCCAUUCGUCAAUUCCACGAUGUUUUGGUUGACUUCAUCGAGAAAAGGGCUGAACUUUGGCUGCGCUUGGCAGCAGUGCCUGUGAUGGACAAGAGGCUCAAAUGUGGUCGAGUCCUACUUGUGUCAAGCGCGCAACAUCAGCUGCAAAACCAACUUGUUCUUCUUAUUAAGGACUUCUUGGGAGAUGGCAAAAGGUCAUUCCAAGUGCUGGUACCUUGUUACGAAUCCGAUUCGGUUCCCGAUGAACAAAAACGAAAAAGCGAUGAGUUCGCCCGAUUGCCAAAAGAGGAACGUGAUUGGUUGGAGGAAACUUGUAUGCUGGAGGGAUCUAUUCGUUACGGAAUUGAAGCAGUGGCUAAACUGGCAAUGGAUGGACAGCGGGGACAGCGCUCGUUCCGCAUGGUGAAUGAUCUCCCCAUAUCAUCUCUACUUGGAGUGAGCAAGAAGACAUUCAAAAUUGACGUCGCGGAGGUGCUGUCAGAAGCGAGAUCGAGGGAAAUACCCCGUCUGAGAGGCAAGCCGAUAUCGGAAAGCGUCAUGAAGCUUAUUUUUGAAAUGGAUAAUCUUACUGAAGAGUGGAGCGGUUCCGAACCACAGCUUUAUGACCUCGCAACAGAAGUCAAAGACAUGGAUUUUGAGUUGUCCGAUCAGCUGAUGCGCUUUCUUAGCCUUCGCGAUGAAGUUCUGGAGCCAUCCCGUCACACAGUGCGCAAUUGCUUGAGAUUUCAACAACAUAUGCAAAAUCUGCGUGAUCGGGUUCGCGUUGAACGCGAAAUCUCCAAGCUCAAAUAUUCGCUGUCAGUUGAGGCGCUCCAACUGAGUGAUGAAUACCAGAACCGAAUAGAGGUGUUGAAAAAACUAGGAUACGUUGAUAGAAGCGACAUGGUAACGUUCAAAGGCCGUGUAGCUUGCGAGAUCCACCAUCAGGAAUUGUUAGUAACCGAACUGAUUCUGUCAAAGAAACUCCAUGAAAGGUCACCUGCAGAAGUUGCAGCUAUGCUGUCGGCAACCACUUGCCAAUAUAAAGGUGGUGACGGACCGAAGUUUGAGAAGGAUAGUGUUUUCGAGCAGCUCAAAGAAGACGUGCAAUCAACGAACGCAAAGAUCGAAAGCGUGGCGAGUUCAAUGCGAGUACGAGGCGAUGAUGUAGGCGACGAAUUACGAUACGAUCUUAUGGAAGUGGUCUAUCAUUGGGCUAGUGGAAUGCCGUUCGCUGAGAUUAUGGCCAUGACAGACGCUCAAGAAGGACUUAUAGUGCGGUGCAUACAGCGGCUCGGCGAAGUCUGCAAGGACGUGAGGAAUGCAGCUCGGAUUGUUGGCGAUCCAGCUUUGCACGAGAAGAUGGAGCAGGUCAGCGCUGCUAUCAAGAGAGAUAUCGUGUUUGCUGCCAGCUUGUACACGAGUAUGUGAAGACCUCUGGUGAAAUUUUCUGAUUACUUUGCGACGGGUCAUUAGAGUGCGAAUAAAUGCUUGA